UCCCCCUCCUGCCCCUACCUGGUCCGUGCAGGAUAUGGGACCGACGUGCGCCUUGGGGCUUGGACGGAGCGGAAGACGCGUGGAGCAGUGCGUGGACUGUAGUGGGCUGUGCAGGUGUGUUGCUGUUAAACUUUGGUCUGAAGGAAAAAUGUCUCUCAAUCAAUCUGUAUAUCCUAAAGAAAGUGAAGAAAAGAAUUCAACAGUUGUGGACCCAAAACAGUCAGAAGAGCCCUUUCAAAACUUGUGCUUAGCAUCGCAAGAAGUUCUUCGGAAAGCUCAGCAAAGUGGGAGAUCAAAGUGUCUCCAGUGUGGUGGUUCCCGGAUGUUCUACUGCUACACGUGUUACGUCCCAGUCGAAAAUGUACCUAUUGAACAGAUUCCACUUGUGAAGCUACCAUUGAAGAUUGACAUUAUUAAACAUCCAAAUGAAACAGAUGGCAAAAGUACAGCUAUACAUGCAAAGCUCUUAGCACCUGAGUUUGUAAAUAUAUACACUUACCCUUGCAUUCCAGAAUAUGAAGACCAUCAAGUGGCACUUGUUUUUCCUGGACCUGAGUCUGUAUCAAUACAAGAUAUUUCUUUCCAUCUACAAAAACGGAUUCAAAGUAAAGUUAGAGGCAAAAAUGAUGACCCUGACAAGCAGUCUUUUAAACGCAAGAAAACUGAAGAACAGGAGGACUGUGAUUUGAAGGAGAGUAGAGGCACUACAUUGAAAAAAAUUAUCUUCAUAGACAGCACUUGGAACCAGACAAACAAAAUAUUCACUGAUGAGCGACUUCAAGGGUUGUUACAAGUUGAAUUGAAAACGAGAAAAACUUGCUUUUGGCGCCAUCAAAAAGGGAAGCCCGACACUUUCCUCUCCACAAUUGAAGCCAUUUAUUACUUUCUAGUGGGCUACCACACUGAUGUAUUAAAAGAGAAAUACGAAGGACAAUAUGACAAUCUGUUAUUUUUCUAUUCUUUUAUGUACCAGUUGAUAAAGAAUGCCAAAUGCUCUGGAGGUGAAAAGAGCCAGUCUUAGAGUGAAUCUGGGAAAGGACUGCAGAGUGUCCAGAUAGAGGGACUGAAUCCUGAGGACGUCACUUAAUCUGGUGGAAGUAGCUGCUGGUGAACAAAGCCCAGUCAUCCUGGAUGCCUUUUGUUGGGCCCGCUGGAUGUACCCUCUUCUCUUUUAUGUUCUGCUCUCUGUUGUGUGAGGUAGGUUCCCUUACCCUCUGG